CUUGAGAUCAAACAAAUCGAGUUAAAUGGGAUUAUGGGACCUGUGGAAUUUAAGCUUCGCAUGAUUCCUUUUUGCAGUGUAUUGAUUACUGUACAUUUUCAAAUCUUGUUUUCUUGCGCGAAAUGUCAGGAGUCACGUGUCCAAUGGUUACCACGAAAACUUUAUGUCUUGCAAAUGUCAUUUAAUCGAUGGAAAACAGUGUUGGGGGGAAGGGCGUCGACAUUUUCAAAUUUAACGACGGGACAGCAUAUUUCAUGGCGAUACCGGCAAUGCUAUACCGUGCAAAUUCCGUUGCAAAUUUAUUUGACUGAUUGGUCUUUGAGUGGAUUAACUGGUGAUUGUUUUGUGGAGAAGGAAUGGGAGAUUGAAAAAGAUUUAGAUAAUUCUGUGAAUAUAUCACUCUAG